GACCCGACCCGAGUUCAGGGAAAAACCUUGGCGCACUCUCUAUUAUUCUGACUCAGCAUCAGUCUCAGCUUAAUUUUAAACCCAAGAAGAUGUGGGGAAAUGCCGAAGGUGAGCCACCGGAGGUGACUUUGGAGACCUCCACGGGUACUUUCACUGUUGAGCUAUACUACAAGCAUGCACCAAGAACUUGCAGAAACUUCAUUGAACUAUCUCGUAGAGGUUAUUACGAUAACACCAAAUUUCACAGAAUUAUCAAGGAUUUUAUAGUGCAAGGUGGAGAUCCAACUGGGACUGGAAGAGGAGGAGAAUCCAUAUAUGGCCAUAAGUUUGAAGAUGAAAUAAAACCAGAGUUAAAACAUACAGGAGCUGGUAUAUUAUCCAUGGCGAAUGCUGGUCCUAAUACCAAUGGAAGCCAGUUCUUUAUAACUUUGGCACCAGCUGCUCAUCUAGAUGGAAAACACACUAUAUUUGGAAGAGUAUGUAGGGGAAUGGAAGUGAUCAAAAGAUUAGGCAGUGUCCAGACUGAUAAAGAUGAUAGGCCCAUCCAUGAUGUGAAGAUACUAAGGACCUCUGUUAAAGAUUGAUGCCAUGUUGCUGUUGGUUAUCCUUAUUCCAAUGAUUCCAAAAUGGUGUAACCUCUGAUUUUCAAUGUACCAAAUAAUCUUAUUCAGAACACAAGUUCUGGACUUCUCUUUUAAAAUACAAGGAAAAUGAUAAUACUUGAAGGAUAUGGAUUUUCAGUUUUUUUUCCAAAUUGGAAAUCGUGUAACACACUUCUUAAAGAUUUUAGAAAAGAUGCAUCUUUUAUUAA